GUCUCUCAAACCGUCAAGGAGGUAGUUCAAUCCCUAGUUGAUGACAACCUCGUCAAAACAGAUAAAAUCGGCUCGUCGAACUUUUUCUGGAGCUUUCCAUCCCAACAUGGGACAGAGGUACAAAACCGACUAAGGGCCGUCAAAGAUCUUGAAGCAGCACAGCAAGAAGAAUUCGCUGAACUCAAGGCGCAAACCGAAGUGGAGAAGGCCUCGAGGCCGCAAAGUGAGGACCGCGCUGCCUCUCUUUCUCAACUUGAUGCUGCAAAGGAACGCUUGGCCGCAUUAGAAGAGGAACUGGCUCGUUAUGGUGCUUGCGAUCCAAUCAAAGUCGAGGAAAAAAGACGCGCAGUCACCUUGGCCAAAGAGGCGGCGAUCAGAUGGACUGACAACUACUGCAUCUUGCUAUCACACAUGACUCGGCAAGGCGUGGACCCCGAAGAAAUACGCAAAUUCUUAGAGAUCGACGAAGAGUAUGAAGAUAUCAACUAG